AUACAGUUGGAGUCCAAGCGAGAGCCCGCUUCCAGCGGAGGCUCGUCUCCAUUGUCUCCACUACGACUCACCAGUGGCCUCUAUGACACCAUCAAUACCAUCAACACGGUGAAUUCAAGCUCAAACCACAAUACAGCCCAAAGCAGCAAGUCAAGCACCCGAGCAGUGCCAAGUGUACAUAUUGAGCGAGUUCCCAGGUCGCCGCUGCUGAAAAAACUGCCUCACAAGAAACAUGGAGGUACAAUAUUUCUGGUUAAUGGGAAACCUAUAUUACUCAGGAAACCACUAAAGAAUGGUUUUGAUCUCGAAUUGAGUCUAGCCAGUUUUGGAAAAGAACAGCAUUUGGAAAUUCACAACGAAGUAGUCGCUACGGACGAAGACACCAAUGUAGACUCAGACUCAAACCACAUUGCUAAUGCGAAUGAAAUUAAUGGCAAUGAUAUCAAUGACGAGAACAGCGACAUAAAAGAGAAAACAAAUACGGAUGAGACCAAUGUUAAGAACAGCGACACCCAGGAGAAAAAAAAUAAAGAAGGUAUCAUAAAUGGGGAAGGCUCCAUAACUGAAAUCAGUGUCGAAGGAACGGAUACCGACGUCAAUGACAAGAAUGUUGACAAUGUCAAAGAUGAACUUCUGGUAAAUGGCCAUGAUAUUAAUGGGAUUAAUAUCCACAAUAAUAAAGAAAAGCCAACUAUGGACUCUAGCAAGAGAGCACGCGAGUUGGCUGAUAUAUUGCUCACGACGAGAAAGCUGCUUCAGUCCGAUUGUAAUGUUGUAGAUCCACUUAAAUACGACCCUACGGGCUACCACGAGGUGUAUGCCGAGGAUAACACCAAAAUCUCACGAAGCACGUUUAUUCGGGCGGAAAAGGUGAAGUCAAUGUUCGGUGUCAAAUAUCUCUAUCUCCAGCGAGUCCAUGAUUGGAAUGUAGACAAUGCUGACAGAAACCAACAUCCUGGUGUGGAAGGAGUAUACAACCCACUUCAGAUCAUCAGAAACAGAAAGAUCAGAGCCAAGUACCGCGAGUACGCUAAGCCGUUGACGAUAAAAACGAUACCUCUAGCAUGUAAUGUGUUCAGUAAACACAAUAACGAUGCCAAACAUCCAUGGAGAAUGCUCUGGGCUAUCGAGUUGUCUGAACAAGUGAGCGAUGUAAGCUGGAGAAUCGACCAUUGGCACGAGCUCAAGGGUCCCAAAGGAAAGUUGUGGUUUCCUCCUUCCGCUAGUUCGUCAGAGAUUUCCACUCGACAUUCGAGAAGCAGUCAUAUGAAAAGAAGACUACAUGAUAAACUAUUUAACGAUGAUGACGACAAAAAAAAUAACAAAAAUAACCAUAACAAUAAUGAUACCAUAGAUAAGGAGGACGAUAGACACAAACAAAAGGAAAUGAUAGUGACCAUAUUUUCCGUAUAUCAAGAGCCAAGUCUCCGCAUAAGAAACUUAGAUCACGAUUCCUCUUCCAGCGAUGAGGAGCCAGACGUAGAACCUGUCUUGUCCAAGAACCUGGAUAUCUUGAAGCAGCAGAUGUUCAAGAAGGUCUCGUUAUCUCCGGAGGAAAGUGAUAAACAGGAAACAGAACAAAUAACUGGCAUGGUUCUUGGAUCUCUGACAUCAAUUCCCUUGAUUAAAAUCGACGAAUCAAAAGAUUUUGAUAUCAACGAGGUGGAAUUCACAUCUAUGGAAAAGAAGCCAGAAGAAGACGCAAAGGAGAUAGAAAUGGCCGAACCAGACGAGAAAAUGAAAGAAAAACAGAUAGUUACAGCUGCCUUGGCCAAGAGAGACGAAGAGUUGUCUGUAAUAGUAGAUAAUUUCAGAUAUUUUGAACAAGUUGUCAACGUCAAAACCAACUAUUUGCUAAAAGUCUACCCCAAUUAUACUGGCAUGAUCGGCAAGAAGAUAAACCACAUCAUAUACAAGCAAUUACACGACGUAUUUCAUCUCACCGUCAGCAUUAGUGAUGAUCAUUUGCCUGAAUACGAGGCUUUAUAUCAUGGUUUUCGCAAUGAGGUGAAGUCCAUUGUCCAUAUGAUCAAUGACGACUACUCUGUUAAGAUCGAUAACUUGCUCAGCAACAGCGAUAGAUCCAUUAGUGAAAUCAAUGCCUCAUUGUCUCUUGAGUUGAGAAAGGUUAACGAGAGAUUGGAUAAGUUGAACUCGUCGUUGUUCAGCAAUGUUGUUUCUGAGACACUUAGGGACAGCGAGCAAAAGAUGAAGAUCCGGGAUGGAACCAACCACAAGAUCAUGUACUUUUGCUUGGAGAAUUUAAUUGUCAUCUUCUUGCGUUUAAUAUGGGUUAUUGUGAACGUCUACAAGGUGGGCGAGAAGAUUUUUACAUUUGGCUGGAAUCUUAUUAGACUUGUAUUUAGUUUGAUAUGA